AUGGAGAUGCGGCCUAUUCAUAAUGUUCUUGUCGCUGGAGGCACAGGAAACAUAGGACCUUCAAUUAUUCAAGCACUAGUCGCAGCUAACUAUACGGUGUCUGUCCUGACUCGUCGUGUAUUCAUCUCCGAGUCUCUAUUCGGCAGAACAGUCCGCGUUAUCCAGACAGACUACUCUCUAGAGUCGCUGGCACCUGCUGUUUCCGGUCAGGAUGCUGUGGUGUCUACAUUAGGGCUUGGCGCAGAGAAAUCUCAGACAAAUCUUCUCAUCGCUGCGGCUAAGAGCUGGAGCUCAAAUACCCGAGGUGUCCAGCGGUUCAUACCGAGCGAGUUCGGUAUACCGAACCUUGAUUUGAGGGAGAAUCCAGAGCUGGCAAGAGUAUUGCAGCCGAGGAUACAAUUCCGACACAAGAUGAAAGAUAUAGUGACCAAAAAUCCUCAACUUACAUAUAGUGGCGUCUUCACGCGCCUGUGGUUUGAUUGGUGUAUCAAGGUCGGACUGCUUGGUUUCCAUUUGGACACCAAGUCUGCUACUAUUAUCGAUUCUGGGAACGAGACAUUUAAGGCUUGUGAUCUGGCUACUGCUGGCGAAGCUGUAGCGGCUAUCUUAAGAAAGCCCACCGAGACGGCAAACCAGUACAUUACAAUAUCGUCGCAUGAGACUACACAAAACAAGAUACUGGAGGAAUUAGAGCGCUAUACAGGUUCUGAUUGGACGGUUAUGCAUAGAUCAGGUCGGGAGUUGUACGCACAAGCAUGGGAAAGCAUUCAGUCUGGUCAUAAUGGCUGGCCUGCUAUGUUGCAAGCGUACUUUUUCAUGGAUCGAGAUGUCGAAAAGGUACCUAUGGAUAAUCAGGGUAGCCUUGAUGGCAAUAAACUUCUAGGAAUUGGCUUUUGCGAUCUUCAUACAACAAUAACGAAGCUAUAUACUUAG